GGAUGUUAUGAACCAUCUAAAUGAAUUCUCGGACCAAAUUCAAUUUAUGGGGAGGGCGGAGGAUAAUAAGGUUGCAAAAGAAAGAAUAUCAGUAAAGAAUAUAUCACAAGUUCAGCCGUCAUUUGAGAAAGAGCUAUCAACGAUGAGGUUGUUAACAUUACAAACAUCUUUUUUACGCUCUGGAGCUUAUUUUAUAGGUACGCAACAAUCAGGCAAGGCUUUAUAUGAAGUAUCUGUAAAUUUUCAGCAUGUAAAUCCUAAGGAUUCUUUUUUAUGUGGAUACCUUCAUAUUCAGGGCUUAACUAAAGACAAUUCAUCUUUAACGACAUAUUUUGAAGGAGAAAUCAUUGGACCAAAGUAUGGGUUUAUUACUAAACGUCCAGAAUGGGGUUCUACUGAAAAAAUAGAUCUUCAGCAUUGGAUAAGAUUUCAAGCUUUUAGACCAUUUGCAAAAAAUAUUAAAAAACCGGAUUUUAAAUAUAAAUACGAAUUAUUUAAAGAUCAUGUUUUUAUGAGAUGGAAGGAAAUGUAUAUAAUUUCUAAAAAUGACAAUGAACCAGCAUCAGAUUAUGGUAUAGCCCUUAAUGGAAUAAGCUAUGCAGGCUUUUAUUACAUAUGUUUUCAGCAAUCUAUGGGAAAUAUAUCGGGAAUAUAUUAUCACAAAAAUUCUGAACAGUUUCAACAACUUACUCUCCAACAUGAUGGCAAUAGAACUUUUUCUAAGUUUGAAUUUAGAUAACUAUUUGUAAAUAAUUUAAAAAAUAUGUUUUGAAUGAGAAUAAAUC